AGUGCCGCGGAGUUGGAGCGGGGCCGGCGCCGCGGCCGCUUCUGCUGGCCGAACUGCUGCCGCCGCCGGGCGGGCGGGCAGGCGGACGCGCAAAGCCGGAGCGGGCGCGGCGGGGCGCGGCGGGGCUGACCGGCCCCGAUGAGGCGCAAAGAGAAGCGGCUCCUGCAGGCGGUGGCGCUGGCUCUGGCGGCCCUGGUCCUCCUGCCCAACGUGGGGCUCUGGGCUCUGUACCGCGAGCGGCAGCCCGACGGUAGCCCUGGGGGAUCAGGAGUGGCAGUGGCCCCCGCGGUGGUACAGGACUUACCCAGUCGACCCAAAAAGACGCUUUUCUUGGGAGAUGAGCAAAAGCUGAAGGACUGGCACGACAAGGAGGCCGUCAGGAGGGACGCGCAGCGUGUAGGAAAUGGAGAACAGGGGCGGCCUUACCCCAUGACCGAUGCCGAGAGAGUGGACCAGGCAUACCGAGAAAAUGGAUUUAACAUCUACGUCAGUGAUAAAAUCUCCCUGAAUCGCUCUCUCCCCGAUAUCCGGCACCCAAACUGCAACGGCAAGCGCUACCUGGAGACACUCCCCAACACCAGCAUCAUCAUCCCCUUUCACAACGAGGGCUGGUCCUCACUGCUCCGCACCGUUCACAGCGUGCUCAACCGCUCACCCCCAGAACUGGUGGCCGAGAUCGUGUUGGUGGAUGACUUCAGUGAUCGAGAACACCUGAAGAAGCCACUGGAGGACUACAUGGCCCUUUUCCCCAGAGUGAGGAUUCUCCGGACCAAGAAACGGGAAGGCUUGAUAAGGACCCGGAUGCUGGGGGCUUCAGCCGCCACCGGAGACGUCAUCACGUUCUUAGACUCGCACUGUGAAGCCAACGUCAAUUGGCUCCCCCCUUUGCUAGACCGCAUUGCUCGGAACCGAAAGACUAUCGUGUGCCCAAUGAUUGACGUCAUCGACCACGACGACUUCCGGUACGAGACACAGGCCGGGGACGCCAUGCGGGGUGCCUUUGACUGGGAGAUGUAUUACAAACGAAUCCCCAUCCCACCAGAGCUGCAGAAGGCUGACCCCAGUGACCCAUUUGAGUCCCCCGUGAUGGCUGGAGGGCUGUUUGCUGUGGACCGGAAGUGGUUCUGGGAGUUGGGCGGCUAUGACCCUGGCUUGGAGAUCUGGGGAGGGGAACAAUAUGAGAUCUCCUUCAAGGUGUGGAUGUGUGGGGGUCGCAUGGAGGACAUCCCUUGCUCCAGGGUGGGCCACAUCUAUAGGAAGUAUGUGCCCUACAAGGUUCCUGCUGGAGUCAGCCUGGCCCGGAACCUGAAGCGAGUGGCGGAAGUGUGGAUGGACGAGUACGCGGAAUACAUAUACCAGCGCAGACCAGAGUACCGCCACCUCUCAGCCGGGGAUGUCGUGGCCCAGAAGAAGCUCCGAAGCUCCCUCAACUGCAAGAGCUUCAAGUGGUUUAUGACCAAGAUUGCCUGGGACCUGCCCAAGUUCUACCCACCUGUGGAGCCCCCAGCAGCGGCAUGGGGGGAGAUUCGCAAUGUGGGCACGGGACUGUGCACAGACACGAAGCACGGCACACUGGGCUCUCCACUGAGGCUUGAGACCUGCAUUCGGGGCCGUGGAGAGGCUGGCUGGAACAGCAUGCAGGUCUUCACCUUCACCUGGAGGGAGGACAUCCGGCCUGGGGACCCUCAACACACCAAGAAGUUCUGCUUCGACGCUGUCUCCCACACUAGCCCGGUCACCCUCUACGACUGCCACAGCAUGAAGGGCAACCAGCUGUGGAAGUACCGCAAGGACAAGACCCUGUACCACCCUGUGAGCGGCAGCUGCAUGGACUGCAGCGAAAGUGACCACAGGAUCUUCAUGAACGCCUGCAACCCCUCCUCCCUCACCCAGCAGUGGCUCUUUGAACACACCAACUCUACGGUCUUAGAAAAGUUCAACAGAAACUGAGUCCUCAGACCUCCUCGACGAGCCCCCUAGGGUUGCUGUGGAGCUUACAAACCUUCCUCCCGUGGGAGAAGGGCAUCUGUGGGCACCAAGGUGCUGGGCCAAAUGGCUUGGGACAGAGAGUUCUUGAAGCACUUGUGUGGUGGGGCCAGAGGGAGAAGAGGCCAUACAAAUGGCAGCGCUAAAAGGAGGCAGAGCCUGCUUGUUUUAUAGCAGAGCUCCUCAGGCUGUCAACAUGUCCCCUAAGGGGGGAGGAAUACCUGGGGCAGCCUCAGGCCAGAAAAUUAGUCCUAUGAGGUUGCUCGGCUCUCGGGCUGUUCAGACAUGACAGUGCCCUGGAAAGAAAGGUGGCAUUGGCCUUGGAAUAGCUUUGAAGCCAAUGUGGCAGCCGCUGGCAAGGCAGUGUCCCUGUCCCAGGGGAGACUGCCAGUAUUGCCCAGCUUCUGUGUUGGUCCAGGGCAGUGAGAGCCCACUGGGACCUCAGAGUGUUCCAUCACUAGGCAAAGGCCCCCUUACUCUGCAGCCAGAUGUAAAGGAUAUCUCCCCUGGCUCUUUGGGUAUUUCAGAUGCCCAUUCCAGCUUCAGGGAUGUCUGGGUACCAGGUUUUCAGGGCUAGUUCAGCUAACUAAGGAGACCUCCAGACUGAACAGCUCCCAGCCCAUGCUUCCAAAGUCCUUUCUCUAUGUCUCUCCUUGGCAGCUCCCUGCAUCAGAGAGGAAUGGGAGAGGGGCUCACCUCUAGAAUCCGCUGGGGGCAGCGUCCCCCAGAUAAUGACCAUUGUGGUUCCAACCUCAGAGAACCCUGGAGAUUCUGAAAAGUCCUGCGGUUCUGUCCAAAGCUAAGAUGAGCCAUGGGGUUCGCAGGCAUCCAAUGCAAGCAGCCAAGUGUCAGGCAACCCCUGACCCGAGCCCAUGUGUGACCCUAGGGGUGGAGGCCGUGGGGGACCAGUGCCUGAGCAUCACAGCUCCAGCCUUGUUAAUAGUGAGGAUCUCAUGAGCUAUUGUCCCCUCACCAGAUCACCCCUAACCCCUCGUCAGGGUUCUAGGGGUCUCAAACAAAAACUCACCCUCCAAAGAUUGGGCCACCUGAUCGUGUUACUUACCAGUGGAGUAACGGAUCCGCGGUUCUAGGGUCAGAGCUCUGCCUUAGUAAUUCUGGUACUGAGGUCAGCAAGCCCCCGGGUUGGCCAGGUGGCUGGUGUAGAGCCACCGCCACACGUCCCCUGUGCUGACACAGCUCUCGGGUGGAUUCCUGGUGUCCUUGUGGCCAUCUAGAAAGGAAUCAAAAAGGGGGUGGACAGGUGUCUAGAACCCGGUGGGGAUGCAGGUUGCAGCCAAGGGGAGUCGAGUCCUCGGAGAGCACUGUGGCCUCGUUACAAUAAAAACUGUGCCUUUUACAAAGAGAAAAUGCAGCCGAACAGCCGAUUCCCUAAACUUGAACCACUUCCUAGUGCCUUGCUAGACAAACAAACAGGGGCGGGUGGAGGAGGGGGGGGUCCUGUGAGCUGAGGGACUCAGGCAGGAGGUGCUAGGCUUGAAGCAGAACCUGAGAUCCAGAGCACCCCACAACAGGGGCAACUGCCUAUCUGUGCAGGAGCCCUCCCUGGGACAGGACGGCUCGAGGAGCCUGCAAGUUCUAGGGCCCUGGCAGCCUGUGCAGGGGACAUGCCAACCCCCAGAAGUGCUCCGCCUGUCCCUCACUAUCAAGGGCGAGAUGACCAGCUGGAUUUCCAGGUAAUGUCAAGCCAAGCAGAUGGUUAAGGCAGGGGCAGCCACAAAGCCAUCCCCAACGUAGCUUGUUUAUGACCGUCCUCAUCUGGUUCAUCCCCCUUCUUAGGUGGCCACUUCCUCUGAGCUCGCCUCAGAGCUCACGGACAGAGCUGAACUCUGUCCGACCUGAGGGCAUAAGACUUGAGGAGGUAAUGUCACAGGAAGGGCCAGGUUGAUUUGGUGGCUGACUGCAAAUGCUUGCUUCCCACCUUGUUUUGAUGUCAGGUGUGGAAAUCCUUUUCUCAAAGAGUCGGGUUUCCACUCAGCUGACAGUCCACACAGGCAGAAGGACCUGUGGACAUGCCACUGGCCAAGUGAUGGGCCAGGCGGCUAGCGCCUUUUCCUCCAAAGCUUUAUUCAGAGGCCGAGAUCACAAAACAAGAUGUGGUUAGAAAGGCAGCAUCCCCCACAGCCCCAUCCACCCAGAAGAUUCUGGAAACAUUUUUGGAAUGCAGAGUGUCCUUGCUGUGAGGCUCAGGCCUUCACGUGGCUAGCUGUCCUACCCUCUUCUGCCAACUGGAGUUCCUGGCUUUGAGAGCAACCAGGUGGCAGCAGGCUGCUCUCAAGGGCGAUUUCCAAAGUCAGCAUCACGGUGCCUCCUCAGUCCCCCCCCUGUGGCAGUCAUUCCUGUGCGUAGCUGGGAAUCGCAGACUCUUGGUUUCAGCAGUCCCUGGUUCUUGCCAGUUAGGCAGCUUGCAUCCAGCGCUCAGGGGGUGUUGUGUUUGUAGUUUCCUAAAGGCUGGCAGUGGGAGCGGGACGACGCAAGCGUGCAGUUUCGCCCUUGAAUUUAUCAACUUGCCCCUAACGCUUUCUAUGACAAAUCCGUGUCAUAGUUGGGUUCAAGGUUGUUUCUGAUCCAGAGUCCUGCUGCCACCAUGGGGUGAGAGUGGUCCCGGGUUUCAGGACUUUAAUAUGCCCCACUCUGCUCUGUGACUGGCUGGAAGGCUGGGUCCCCAGGGCUGCAGGUAGGAAAGCUGGGAAAUGAGACAGGAAUUCUGUGGGGAAAGCCCAAGACCAGCCAUCCCUUCUGCCUGAAAAGACUGAACCUGUGAAGGACGACCUACCACGUUCAGUUGUGACUCCGAUUGUUCAAUAAACCUCCAGAUUUUCUCUAAA